CUCAGUUGACCAUCUCCUUUGCUGUGGUCCACUGUCCACUGUUUCCUUUGACACAGAAGGCACAAAAGACGAGGUGUGGUGUGUGUGUUGCUGGACGACGCGUCAGUGUGCGAGGGACAGUGUGUGCACUGUCUUGGGUGAGAUAGUACAUUGUGUGUGUAUGUGUGUUUGCAUCUGUGUGACCCAGUCUCAGACCUCUCCUUGCAGCUGCCAACAUCAGGUAUGAAGACCCGUUUAAUAUUCCUUUGGCUAUUGGCCUCAGCAUUUCCUGUGUCUGUCAAAGGCAAACCUCACGACAAACAUCAAGCUUUAUCCAAGUCCUCACACAUAGCUAAAGAGAAGGACAUUGUUCCAGAUGAGGUCAAUGAGGGGGAGGUCCUGCCGACCUUCAUGACCUUUGAGUCUAGCAGUCAGGAGCAGGAGGACGAGGACAUGAGCUACGAGGACAAUGCUAGUGCUAAUGUGGGUCCCUCCAAUGAGGAAGGGGUGUUUGAGGUGUCCGACAGUGGUGAGAGGAGCACCCCCGUCCUGCUGAGCGAUAAGGCACUGGUGGACCUCCUCCAGGGGGAGUCAGAGGAAGAAGAGGUGGAAGAGGAGGAGGAGGAAGAAGAAGAGGAGGAGGGAAAGAUUGAGUCUGAGGAGACACAGUCUGAAGAGGAGGAGGAGGGAGAAGAAGAGGUGGGAGACUUGGAAAAGGAGGAGGAAGAUGAGGAGGUGGUAGAGGUGGAGGAGGAGGUGGAUGUGGAGGCAGAGAAAGAGGUGGAAAAGGUGAAGGCGAUGGAAGAUGAGGAGUCAGUUGAGGAUGAGGAGAAGAGAGAGAAAGAGGACGAGGAGGAACAUGUGGUCGGGGACAGAGGAGUAGAGGAAGAGGCUCAAGUCGAAGAGACGGACAGCAACACCGAGCCUGAGAUUCCAGAGGAUCUGGACUACGCCAGCGACAGCGACAACCCAGAGCCCCUUGAAACCGAACCUGAGGAAGGGAAACCCCUCGCCGAAGACGCCCAGCUCCUUUCAAAUAAGAAAGAGGAGGCCAAGGUCGAGGAGAAAGAAGAACAAGCUAGCAAGGAAGACAAAAUCCCCACUGCCACUGAUGACUAUGAGUCCCAGCACGACAUACAAGACGCCGAGGCCUCUAAGAGCCAGGAAGUGCAGUACAAGGACGAUUCCCAAGAAAAAGGGACCAAUACAAAAAACGCAGACAGAGACACUGAACACCAAGAGACAAAAAACAGUGUGGAUCUUGACGGGACACAUCUUUCUGUAGAAGAGGGAGAAGAGAAGGAGGAGAAGAACAUAAACAAGAGUGCCAGUCACACCAGAGGCAAAGCCAGGAAGCAGAGGAAGAACCAGAGAGUGAGGAAGCACCCCCCACAGAGGGAUGAGGCCCCACCAGGAGAGGGAGUCCCAGACCACCAGGGGGAUGAGGGCGUGAAGGAGCACUACCGCACCACUGACAGUGCUGUCUACAAGCCCAAGAGGAGAAGAGCAGGGAAAUGGGCUCCUCUGGUGGGAAUGAACCCGGUCCAGAUCAAGGCGACAGUGGACCUCUACCCCAGCGCCAGGCCCUCUUUGGCGGCCAGCCUAUACAGACCCCAAGCCUCUGCUGCCGACCCUUGUGAGAACUUCCGUUGUAAACGUGGAAAGAUCUGUAAACUCAACAAGGAGAAGAAGCCUAUGUGUGUGUGUCAGGAGCCUUCUGCCUGCCCACAGAGUGUCACUGACUAUGAUCAUGUAUGUGGAACUGACAAUGUCACCUACGACACGUCCUGUGAGCUCUUUGCCACUAAGUGCAACCUGGAAGGCACCAAGAGAGGCCAUAGACUUCACCUGGACUACACUGGACCCUGCAAAUUCAUAGCACCGUGUAUGAAUGCCGAACUGGUCCAGUUUCCUCUGCGUAUGCGCGACUGGUUGAAGAACGUCUUGCUGCAUCUCUAUGAACAUGACUCUAUGUCCCCUGGCUUCCUCAUCCCCAAGCAACGCAUUAGAGUGAGAAAGAUCCACGAGAGUGAGAGGCGCCUCCAUGCCGGCGACCACCCCAUCGAGUUGCUGGCCCAGGACUUUGAGAAGAACUACAACAUGUACAUCUAUCCCGUGCACUGGCAGUUUGCUCAGAUGGACCAGCACCCUUCUGACAGGUUCCUGUCCCACUCUGAGCUGGCCCCCCUGAGGGUCCCGUUAGUCCCCAUGGAGCAUUGUACCUCCCGCUUCUUCCAGGAGUGCGACGCAGACAAAGACAAACAGGUGUCCUUUAGGGAGUGGACCCACUGCUUCGGCAUCAAGGAUGAGGACAUGGAUGUCAACCUGCUCUUCUGAGUCCAAUCAGUACCUCAUCCACCAACCAGCUUAAAUAAGCAUUUAACAAGAUAACCUUCAAUCAUGGCAGAACCACAUACCUUAAUUCGAGAGUCACUUGUGUUGAUUUCAACUGUAUGUUUUUGGGAUGUUCUGUAAAGUUAGCCUGGUGGAACCAGCCUGAUCGCUGUGUUCACCAUUCUAUUUAACUUCACAUAUCAGUCUGGCAUUGGUCCUUAUUGAAACUGUUUGAGUCUAUGUCUGUAAUGAGAGGCAUUAUUCAAACCUAACUUGUCAGUGAUGAGAUCACCUUUAACCAAUCAGAGGACGACCUAAUUCAAAGCACAGGAUUUUGGGGGUGAGUUUUCUGAGAGGACGCUGAUUUGACCGGUCAUUUCUUGGUUUGUCCAAAACUCCCAUCUAUUGGAGAAAGCCCAGAUUUAUAUGUGCAGUAAAACAAAAUGGUGAACACAGUAAUCAGGCCGGUUCCACCAUGCUACUGCAAAGUACGAUUGACUAAAAAGUAAAAGUGAGGAUGGACCACUGUCCUUCCAUGUCUUAUGUCAUAGAUGGAAGAGGAGGAUAGUUCAUGUUGUCUUAUUACAGUGUAGCUAUUACAGUGAAAUAAUACCAUGCUAUUGUUUGAGGAGAGUGCAGAGUUAUGAACUUGAAAAUGUAUCAAUAAACCAAUUAGGCACAUGUGGGCAGACUUGAUACAACAUUUUGAAUUGAAAUGCAACGGUUCAUUGGAUCAGUCUAAAACUUUGCAUAUACACUGCUGCCAUCUAGUGGCCAAAAUCAAAAUUGCGCCUGAACUGGAAUAAUACAUUGUGGCCUUUCUCUUGCAUUUCAAAGAUGAUGAAAAAAAUAUGCUUUUUUCUUUGUAUUAUUUACCAGAUCUCAUGUGUUACAUUCUCCUACAUUAAUUUCACAUUUCCCACAAACUUCAAAGUGUUUCCUUUCAAAUGGAAUCAAGAAUAUGCAUAUCCUUGCUUCAGGUCCUGAGCUACAGGCAGUUAAAUUUGGGUAUGUAAUUUUAGGGGAAAAUGUAAAAAAAAAAAAAAGGUCCGAUCAUUAAAUCAGACCAAGGUAGAGCAAAUUUGGAUCUAUAAAUAUGUGGAUGUUCUGUGAUACUGUAUGUAGAUACUGUAUAGCUGAUAGUGGUACUAGUAGAGUAGGUGAUGAGAUUGUAUUUUUUAAACAAUUAACAAUGAUAUCAGUGUUAUGAACACAUUCCAAGAGGGGGAAAGUUUACGAGUGCUUUUUGUAGAUGACAGAAAACAAAACAAAAAUUGACUUCUAUGCAGGUGAAACCGAUCACUUUACUUUUUGGCCAAAAUAUUACAGUAUUUAUUUUAAACAUAUAAAAGCUAUAGUUGUAUGUGGGAGCAUUUUUUUGUAUGGAAACCAUUUAUAAUUGACUCUCAAAAUAAAUUGAGCUUGAAUAGAGUAUUUAUUUCUAUUAUGUCAAAAGGAAAAAUGUAAAUGGCAGUAAAUGUAGUAGAACAUGUGAUGUUGACAGAAUUACUAAGAGUUGAAUGCUGUAACUGUUUUUUAUGUCUUGCCUGAUAUAGCUACUUCACUAACCAUUCUAAUAAACGUAAUU